AUGGCUUCCAUUUUUGUUUUAGCCAUUCUAUCACUCUCCCUUCUAUUCAUCAGUUGUGAAGCAGAUUUGAUAGGCACUAUUUGUGCCAUAUCAGUAAACCCUUCUCUAUGCACCAGCAUUCUUCGAUCCGACCCGCGAGCUCGUACGGCCGAUCUACGAGGUUGGGGUCAAAUCUUUGUCGAGAAAGCCAAAGUCGCCACACAGGACACAAUUUCCGCAGCUAAAUCGGUUGGUGGGUCCGGGAAACCGGCAGCCGAUACGUGUGUGAGUGUUUGUGGCGACGCGAUCGAUAACCUAAACCAAUGCUCUGCGUACUUGAAGGCUUCGAGCAGAGCUAGAGUCGGCGAUUUGCCGACGAAAGGGUCGGCGGCUCUGACUGAUGUCAGCACGUGCGACGAUGAAUUUCGAGAUAGCGAGCCGGCUAAUGUGAAGCAAGCCAGCCGCAAAGCGCAGGAUAUCAUCGACAUGCUUCUAGUGGUUGCGAAUAGUUUGUGA